AUCUGCCUGAGUUUUAUUGACGUGCUUAGCUAUUGGAGUAAGCUUCUCUCCACCAUGGCCAGGAGGCCCCGGAGCAGCCGGGCGUGGCAUUUCGUCCUGAGUGCAGCCCAUCGAGAUGCUGAAGCCCGGGCUGUGGCUCUGGCAGGCACUGCUAACUGGGGUUAUGACUCUGAUGGCCAGCACAGUGACUCCGACUCAGACCCCGAGUUCUCGUCCCUGCCACCAUCCGUUCCCAGCGCCGUGCCUGUGACUGGGGAGUCCUUCUGUGACUGUGACAGUCAGCGUGACGCCGCCUUCUGCGGCAACCGGCACAGCGCCCAUCGCGACAAGGACUGCCGCUGCGGGGAGGAGGACGAGCACUUCGACUGGGUCUGGGAUGACCUGAACAAGUCCUCAGCCACCCUCCUGAGCUGUGACAACCGCAAGGUCAGCUUCCACGUGGAGUACAGCUGUGGCACCGCGGCCAUCCGGGGCACCAAGGAGCUGGGCGAGGGUCAGCACUUCUGGGAGAUCAAGAUGACCUCCCCCGUCUACGGCACCGACAUGAUGGUGGGCAUCGGGACGUCAGACGUGGAAUUGGACAAGUACCACCACACCUUCUGCAGCUUGCUGGGCAGGGACGAGGAGAGCUGGGGUCUCUCCUACACAGGGCUUCUCCACCACCGGGGGGACAAGACGAGCUUCUCCUCACGCUUCGGCCAGGGCUCCAUCAUUGGCGUGCACCUGGACACCUGGCACGGAAGGUUGACCUUCUUCAAGAACCGCAAGUGUAUAGGUGUGGCAGCCACCAGACUUCAGAACAGGAAGUUCUACCCGAUGGUGUGUUCCACGGCCGCCAAGAGCAGCAUGAAGGUGAUCCGAUCCUGCGUCAGUGCCACCUCGCUACAGUUCCUGUGCUGUUACCGUCUGCGUCAGCUGCGCCCCGACUCCGGGGACACACUCGAGGGCCUGCCCCUGCCGCCUGGCCUCAAGCAGGUGCUGCACACCAAACUCGGCUGGGUGCUGAACAUGAGCUGCGGCCGCCGCCGGCCACCCACACCUGAGGCCCGCUCCUGCCGCCGGAAGCGCUGCCGCCGGACCUGA